AUGACGGGGACGCUAGACCAAUCUACAGUCAAAACAUCGGCUGGCUACUGCGCAACCUGGAAUUGGUUUCAGGCUUGUCGUCUGGACAGAUUUCUUAUGCGUAUUAAUACAAUUCUACGACCUGCCUACCGUUCUCUUCCUCAUACAUAUGCUGCUGCGGACCUUCUUACCUCUGCCAUGGUUCGCAAGGUGAUCAUCCUCAUCCCAGUUAAGGCCUUUUCUCAAGAAGAAGCGAAUGAUGACGAUUUAUACGGAUAUGUACCCACCAAAGGCGUCACACUCAUGUUUGUCAUUCUAUCCGUGACGCACACCUUCCAAGGCUUGUACUACCGCACGUGUUGGAUAAUCCCGACCGUCCUCUUAGCUGGAUGCUUGGACAUCUUGGGAUGGAGUGCGCGAUUUUGGUCGAGUAUCUCUCCGCGUCUCGAUACGCCCGAUACCAUCCAGUAUGCUCAACCAUUUUGUAACCUAGAUCGUACUUUCCCCAAUUUGAACAGAAUAACGGCUACAAUUAUCGGACCUACGCCUCUUGUUGCCGCCAAUUUCAUCACCCUCGGUGCAAUUAUCCGUAUUCUUGGACCGGCCUACAGUAGACUGAGACCGAGGGCCUAUUAUAUCAACCAGAGUGAUAUUGGCGCAUAUAGGAAGGAUCUGACCUAA